GUGACCCGCAACAGUCCAAGAGUUCCGAAACGUGGAGCACCGAUCGAACGCACAAAAGAAGAAGAAAACGGAACAGCAUCGAGCCCAAUACCAUUUCUGGCCCCCUUCGUAAAGACGAACAGAAUCGUGCGCGAACACGUGCUCCAAGUCAAACAAUGAGUGCCAGUUAAGAAUAAAACCAAAAAAAAAAACCAAAAAACAAACCAACAAGGAGAGAAUCCCGACUUUGCCCUCACCGUCGAGACACACGUCUGAUUCAUCUUGGUGCUCUGCUCGCUUUCUCGCACGGUGCAUCAUGGCCACCGCGGAGCUGACCUCCCUUCUGCGCUCGACGCACAUAACCUCGCACGAGGACGUUCUCAAAGCCGCAAACGCCAGUCUCAAGAAGUCGAAGACGGAUCCGACGGCGCAGCGUGCCCGUAUCGUUGCGCUCCUGAAGCUCGACCGCUACGACGACGCGGUGCGGGCGUUCGAAGAGGCGGGUGCACAGGGGAUCAAGGACGCCGCGAGAUUGGAAUAUGCGUACGCGCUGUACAAGGCCGGGCAGUUGGAGCGGGCGGAGGAGGUUGCCGCCAGCGGGGCGGGCGACGGAGGCAGCCGUGGCGGCGUUGGGGCCAGCGAGAGAAGGGGUCUGAAGCACGUGUUAGCGCAGACGACGUACCGGCUGGAGAAAUUCGAGAAGGCGGCGGCGUUAUACGCGCAGCUGGACGACGGGUCGCCCGGUGCGAGGGCGGAAGCGAACGAUCUGCGCAUCAACGGUGCCGCCGUCGACGCGCAGCUGGAGUGGCAGGGCAAGGGCCACCUCGUGAAGAAGAAGCAGCCGACCAGAGAGGACCUGGAGGCGUUCGAGAGCGCGUACAACGCGGCAUGCGGGGCCAUUGCCAGAGGAGAGCUGGCGAAGGGCGAGAUGCUGCUUCGAAGAGCAAGGGACCUGUGUCUUGCAAGCGAGGAGCUGAGCGAGGAGGAGAAGAAGGUCGAGAUGAUCCCCAUCGUCGCGCAAAUGGCUUACGUGCUUCUGCGGCUGGGGCGGAUCGAGGAAGCGAAGAAGCUCUCUGCGGAACUCGACGAGCAAGACAACGACGACCAAGACACGGACAAGGCCACUAAGUGGAUCGCAAAGGUCAACGGCCUCGUUGCUUCGACGUACGGCGAGGAGGCGCCCAAUCCCUUCCUCACGCACCGCAUCUACAACUCGGGCCCGAAGCUGGAAGGCUCGGAUCUCCCCUUCACGUUCCAAGCGGACUUGCUACGCCAGAACGCCAUGGUCGUCGACUUGCUGUCGUCCAAGUACGCCGGUGUGAUCCGCUCCACCUCACGGGUAGGGGGGGAGCCCACGACGUCACCGGCCCAAAACACGCUCUCUGUCCUGAACGCGGCCGCUCACGCCAAGGGCCAGUCGCCCAAGGCGGCCCUCAAAGCCGUGCUCCCCCUCUUGGAGCAACGGCCCAAGGACGUCGGCCUCCUGCUCACGGUCGUGCACCUGUACAUGCUGACGAACAACCACGGCUCGGCCAUCUCGCUGCUCGAGUCCUUCUUCGCCCGGCUCGAGGCGUCCAAGACAGCCGCCGACCUGGACGUGCGCUACGCCCCGGGCCUGGUCGCCGUUCUGGUCUCGCUGUACGCCAAGCAGAAUCGCGCCGCUGGCAUCAAGGCGGAGCUCUCGCGCGCAGCGUCGUAUUGGCGCGCCCGCAGGAAGGAGGAUGCAAGCAUCCCGCUGCCCGUGACCCUGCUCCGCUCGGCCGGCAAGGCUCUCCUCGAGGCCAGCGGCGAGCACGACGAAGACGACAUCCAGCUGGCCGUCGACGUCUUCACGGACCUGCACGAGCACGACCCCGACGACCGCGCCUCGACCGCCGGCCUGGUCGCCGCUUUGGCGCGCAGAGCGCACGACGGCAACGGUGACGGCGACGGCGUCGGCUCCGCGGUUCCAGCCUCGCUGCUCGAUAGCCUCACGCCGUCGGCCCGACUGGUCGGCGACAUCGACGCCGAGGCACUCGAGAACGCCGGCGUGCCUUCGCCGCUGUCCCCCUUGUCGUCCGCGGCGGCGACGCGCAAGCGCGCCGCGGCUGCCAGGCCCGCCGCGUCCAGGAAACGGGCCCGGCUCAGCAAGAAGCGCAUGCCCAAGGACUUCGUCGAGGGCAAGGUCAUGGACAAGGAGCGGUGGCUGCCUCUCCGGGACCGCAGCUACUGGCGACCCAAGGGCAAGGGCAAGGGGAAGAAGAAGGGCCAGGACUUGACGCAGGGCGGCGCCGUGGAGGAGCCCAAGGCGGCCGCUCCCGCGCAGCAGAGCGCCGGCGGAGCGGCCGGCGGGGGCAAGAACAAGGGGAAAAAGAAGAAGAGGUAGACUGUUCAAUCUUGAACACAGUGCGACUGCCUCGAAAGGCCCGCGGAAGCCAUGCGCAUGGAGGUCUUUGCUUCACAAAAGGAGAACCGACAUGCGUUUACCUGAAGCGGACGACACGUUCAGCACAGCGUUGCAAAACUUGCCACGGACAUCAGAAGCAGAAGUGGGAGAGAAAAAAAAAUGAUAUUGUUUGACAGCUACCAUAGAUUCAUGCAUGGUUGAAUUACAUAAUAUAUCAUGUCUACGAUUACA